AUGAAUCGAAAGGUGACCGCCAGUGGAUUUUUAUAUGUUGCACCUCCGAACAUCGAUUUUUCUCAACCUGCACAUUCAACUCGGAGGUGGCAGCGAAGAUGUUUUACGCUUUACGACGACGGGGAAUUGAGUUAUGCGAUUGACGAUAAUCCAGACACAGUUCCCCAUAUGAUCAUGGAUAUGUCACGAUGUACUCGGGUUUGUGAAGCUGAUGCUAUAACUGCGCAUCAACAUAGUAUUCUCCUGGCUUUUAAAGUUGAUGACAUUGACCCCAAUUCUAGCGAAAAACAUGUACCAAUCUGCUACUUGAAAGCUGACACCACUGAAGAGAUAAGAUGGUGGCAAACAUUACUUCAAUCAUAUGUGAAGCAAAACCUUCAAAGUUCAUUACUAACGCCUAUUAGGCGAAAAGAUUGCACAUCUACACCGUACGUGUGCGAUUCAAUGAACCCUCGUCCUUCAACAAUGUAUCAGUCAUUGAAAAGGAGUGAAUCUAUUCCUCGUGAGACUGUUUCUCCUCCAUCUUCUUCAGCUGAAGUAAGCCAGGACAGUUCUCUAAAUUCAAAGCUGGAAAGCAACGUUAAGGGUGGUGGGUACGGUGACACUCACCAUGGCACCCCACGGAGCGUUAAGUUCCGAAACAAAGCAAAUAAAGAAGAGCCUCAACGAAAACCAAUGGGUGAUGCUCAGCCUGGUAGUGAAACUCCCCCUCCCUUGCCUGAUUCACCCUGCCCAGCUACAACUUUUCAGCGGAAGGUCCCAAGCGGAGUGCCGUUUAAUAUCGAUACAUCGAAUGCGCAUACUUUGCGGAAAGGAUGGCUGACGUUAAGAGGCAAAAAUGAGUCUGAAUGGACAAAGCACUGGGUUGUGCUUGCUGGAUUAUCACUCAAAUUAUACAAAGAUGUUUGGGCUGAAGAUUCUGAGCCACUGAUUUCUAUAGAUCUCACGGAAUGCGAAAACGUUUAUCCCUCGUCUUCAGCUCGUAAUUAUGGAAUUGAAAUCAAGUGCCGAAGGACUCGAUAUAUUUUGUCUGCCAUGACACCCGGGAUUCGUGACAGCUGGAUUACAGCUUUGCAGCAGAAUUUGCAUAAUCCGUCUCCCACUUAUGCUGACACUUGUCACAGUGAUGCAACGAGUUUGCACGAUUCCGACCUUAUAUCGUUGCCUCCUAGAAAAAAACAUAUUGCCUAUGUUGCACCCGAGUCACAUCAUUCAAAUUCGAUGAUGGAUGAAGAUUCUUGUACAGAAGAUGAACUAAAUUCUCUUGGUUCUCGGGCAUUACCUAGCCAACAGAUGAGCGCCUCGGAAAGAUCAUUAGAUUCAUCUGAAGAUGAAUUGCUUGAGAAUGGAAGACGUAACACCCAUAGUGUAACCCGUUCUCGUGCAACUCAUGAUCAUAGCCUUUCACCUACUUUUCGACGAUCUCCUGUCUCAAGAAUAAAAGAACGCUCUACAACUAGGCAGCAUCAUGUUGGCUUGAGAAGGCAUGGAUCUAAUUCUUCUCUUUCAUCUGCUCCGGUUUACAAUGAACGUUCACGACGGAAGAACUCGGUAUUCUAUUAA